AUGGACGAUGGCAAGAGAAAGAUUGACUAUAUACUCGUUUACAAGAAACCCCUUAUCUACGCAGACGGAGAGAUUAAGAAAGAACAUAGGAGGUUGAUUUUUGAGAAAAAUUUGGUCAAGGAAGGCUUGCAGCUUGAGAAAACCGAUGCUAGGGAAAAUUCCCAGGGAUUAAUUUAUCUCAAAAUUCACGCGCCCUUCGAAAUUCUUUGCAAGUACGCUCAACUCAUGAACAUCAAGAUGCCUGUCAAGGAAGAUAACUUUCUAAUUCAAGUUAGCAAAUUCUGGAAAUAUUUCCAUAACCCAUUCGCUUUAUCCAAAAAAUACAAACCCAAAGAAAUACGCUAUUUUACGUGCGUUUUUAAUCAAGACUACAUAGACAGAUUUUUGAUAGAAGAUAAGAACACCUUUUUUGACAAUGCCAAAAGGAGUAAAAUCGUUCACGAAAUAUUAUCGCGUUGCAAAUACGACAUGCAAGCCAGGAAUUUCGGCUUAGACAAAUUAAUAUCCAGUGGUACGUAUAUAAGUUCCUUUCCUUUGCACGAUGGCCCAUUUUUGGAAUAUCAUUCAGAUGCUAUAGAGGAUCGCUCUACUAAUAAUCAUCACCUUCCUAAAAAUGAUAGACAGAUAUUGUACAAAAUUUGGGCGAAGCCAAAAAUGUUUUACAAAGAACAGCCGAUCGGAUUGAUAAGGAAAUAUUUCGGCGAGAAAAUAGCCAUAUAUUUUGCCUGGCUCGGAUUUUACACUAUGAUGCUCAUACCAGCUGCACUUGUGGGCAUCUUGUGGUUAUUUUACGGACUUCUAACCAUCGAUAAUUACAUUCCCACUAAAGAACUCUGCGACAAGAAUGGAACCGGUAAUAUAACGAUGUGUCCAUUAUGUGAUGAAUUUUGUACUUUUUGGAAACUUUCUGAUUCCUGUCUUUAUUCCAAACUUGCGUAUUUGUUCGAUAAUCCUGCCACUAUCGCGUUUGCAAUCUUCAUGUCUUUUUGGUCUACACUUUUCCUUGAGCUAUGGAAACGCAAGCAAAACGAACUGGCUUGGGACUGGGAUACCAAAGAUUUUGAGGAAGAGGAAAUAGUUCGGCCGGAAUACGAAACUCAAGUUAAAACGCUCAGGAAAAAUCCUAUCACAAACACCCUGGAACCAUAUCUCCCACUUUACAGCAAAGCCCUAAGGCUUAUGGGGACCGGUAUCACCGUCUUAACCUUUUUAGUAAUGGUGAUGGGAGUAGUUUUCGCUAUAAUUAUAUACAAGCUAUCCAUCAUUUCGGUACUUCAUUCGCAAGGCGACAAAAUUAUUAGUCACAACGCCAAAUUAACCACAAGUAUAUCGGCUGCCAUUCUCAACCUCAUAGCCAUUAUUUUGCUCAAUAAAGUUUACUCAAAAAUAGCAAUUAUUCUGACUGACUUAGAACGUCCUAGAACGAGGACGGAUUACGAAGACAGUUAUACCCUUAAAAUGUUUCUCUUCCAAUUCGUUAACUAUUAUUCGUCUCUCGUAUACAUCGCUUUCUUCAAAGGAAGAUAUUCUGGAAAUCCCGUUGAAGGAGGCAAGAUUUUUGGGUUUAAGUUAGAAACGUGCGAACAGGCAGGUUGUAUGGCCGAACUUUUCAUCCAAUUCGUAAUCAUUAUGAUUGGGAAGCAAGCGUUGAGAAAUUGCCAGGAAUUACUUUUUCCCGUGAUUAUGAAUUGGUGGCGUAGACGUUCAUUCCUCCGGAGCCAAUCAUCUCCCCUCAAAUCCCAUAACGCGGACAAUCAUUUCGUAAACGAUGAUGGAACUAGUCCAGAUAACCGGAACGAAAAACAAGAAGAUAACCAUAACAACGUUAACGCGACCGAUAAAAAAAAUAGGAAAUGCGAUAAAGAUAUACCUCAAUAUCAAGACGAUUAUAAUUUAGCAGACACUGCUCCUCUGAGAUUAUUCGAUGAAUAUUUGGAGAUGGGUAUACAAUUUGGGUUUACGACAAUGUUCGUGGCUGCUUUUCCCUUAGCUCCCCUUUUCUCGCUUCUGAAUAAGAUUAUAGAAAUACGACUCGACGCUUUCAAAUUUGUUACGCAAUUCAGGAGGGUCAUAUCUUGUAGGGCUCAGGAUAUAGGUGUUUGGUACGAUAUAAUUAAGAUUAUUACAAAAUUGUCCGUAAUUACCAAUGCCAUGAUUAUAGCUUUCACGUCCAACUUUAUCCCCAAAAUAGUUUACCAAUACCAUUUCUCGAAAUACGACACGACAUCUCAAAACAAUUACUUAUACAACCAAUCUAAUUACAAUCAAUAUACUCUCGUAGGUUAUAUAAACCAAAGUCUAUCCCUCUUUAAUCUGUCCUACCUGAAGCCACCUUUUAGAAGUAUCGACGGAAUCUACAGCGGGAGUUACAGCGACGCGAACACGAAAAAUAUUUCCGUCUGUAGGUACAGAGACUAUAGAAUUGCCGUUCCCCCUUUCAACUUGAGCUACAAGUAUUGGGUCAUAUUAGUUUCAAGAUUGGCUUUUGUUAUCAUUUUUGCGUGUUUCGUGUUCGUUAUAACCGAGCUAAUAGCCCACCUAAUCCCCGACAUGCCAUACAUUCUCAAAGUUCAUCUGGCAAGGCAAAGACUCCUACUCAGAGGAGCUUUGUACGAGUUCGACCUCGAUUCUCCGCUGACCAACCCGGAGCCUGGGGUAUCCAACUCUCGAGCCUCCGAUAAUGUCCACGAAAAUGAGCGCGAGAUAAAUGCCGGAGGUUUGGACGUGAAAAAUAUUGAAAAUAUCGAUCCAAAAAACCUGGAGGACGCACGAGACAAAAAGAUGUUAAUUAAACCGGCUGACCGUGAUCUGCAAGCACAUUUUAGCGAUUACCAAAGUGGUCUUAUGAAGAAGAAUAACAUCUCCACCGAUAUUGAUAGAAAGAAUCUGGCCAUUCGAAAAAAGGUCAUCGAAGAACUCGACCAGACUCUCUCAAAAGAUUUACUCGAAAAUAAAAUAUUAAAGGAUCUCGACGAAUUUAAAAUUGUAAAGACCGCCAAAUUUGACGUGAAUAUGGACGAUACGCUUGGUUGGUCUAGCUUAUAAGCGGCGGUACCCUAAUGGUCGACAUCUCCGACGAG